UUCCCAGAUGCCCAUGCAGAACGCAGGUACAGUCAUCACUCCACUAACAAGCCAGGAAGCCGGUUGGUGCCCCAAGAAUUAGCAUCGUGAACAUCGUGGCGAAAAUGGCAGGGGAAAUGACGGUACUGGGUUCUGCUAUUUUGACUCUUUUGUUAGCUGGAUACCUAGCCCAGCAGUAUUUGCCCUUGCCCACACCAAAAGUAAUUGGAGUUGAUCUUGGCACUACAUACUGCUCAGUUGGUGUAUUCCUUCCUGGCACAGGACAGGUGAAAGUGAUUCCUGAUGAAAAUGGGCACAACAGCAUUCCAAGCAUAGUAUCUUUUACAGAAAAAGAUGUGUAUGUAGGAUAUGAUGGACUAGAGCUGGCUGAUUCGAAUCCACAGAACACUGUGUAUGAUGCCAAAAGAUUUAUAGGGAAGAUUUUCACUCCAGAAGAAUUGAGAUGGGAAAGCAGAAGGUACCCAUUUAAGAUUCUUCAUAAUAAAGGCGCUGCAGAAUUUUCCAUAGCAACCAAUGAGACAUUUAACAUAACACCGGAAUAUAUCAGUUCUCAGCUGCUUCUUAAGAUGAAGAGGAUGUCAGAGGACUACCUUGGCAUGCCUGUUUCCAAGGCAGUAAUUUCAGUCCCAGCAGAAUUUGAUGAAAAACAACGGAACUAUACAAUAAAGGCAGCUAGCCUUGCAGGCCUGGAAAUCCUGAGGGUAAUUAAUGAACCCACAGCUGCAGCUAUGGCAUAUGGUCUCCACAAAGUAGAUGUGUCUAAUGUUCUGGUCGUGGAUUUGGGUGGAGGAACACUGGAUGUUUCUCUGUUGAACAAGCAAGGAGGGAUGUUUCUGACCCGAGCCAUGGCAGGUAACAACAUGCUUGGAGGUCAGGACUUCAAUCAGCGGUUGCUUCUCUACUUGUAUAAUGAAAUCCAUCAGAUGCAUGGCUCUGUGCCCACCAAAAAGGAAGAAAUACACAGACUUAGACAAGCUGUAGAAGCUGUCAAACUGAACUUGACGAUUCAUAAUUUUUCUACAAUCCGGGUACCUCUUACUAUGCCGAAGAAGACGAAUGAACAUGAACGAUUGCAGGAAGAGAACCAAGUGCAUAGCAAACAACACAAAGGUUUCACUGAAGAUGAUCAUUUAGUGAAAGAUAAUAUAAGAGACAAAGAAACACAGAGCAGCAGUUCAAAAAACAUUAUCUUUGAAGCACAAAUUUCCCGGAAACUGUUUGAGACAUUAAAUGAGGACCUUUUUGAGAAGAUUCUGGUGCCUAUUGAGCAGGUAUUGAAAGAAGGACAUCUGGACAAGUCAGAAGUGGAUGAGAUUGUAUUAGUUGGAGGGUCUACCCGUAUUCCAAGGAUACAAAAGGUUAUUACAGAGUUCUUUGGGAAGGAACCCAACACCUCUGUUGACCCAGACCUAGCAGUGGUAAUAGGGGUGGCUAUCCAAGCAGGAAUUGUUGGGGGAUCUUGGCCUCUCCAAGUUAGUGCUGUAGAAAUCCCAAACAGGCAUUUACGAAAGACAAAUUUCAACUGAGUGUCAGUGUUCUUAUAUUUUAUUGUUUUUAGUUCUAUAACUUAAUCCUUUGCAUGUUUCAGUAGUGUUCAGUGAACAUUGGGUUGGAUCCUGCAGAUCUGUCCCAUUAAAUGGUGUCUUCAUCCAGUUCAAGGAGUCUUUUCCUGCUGCAAGAGUCUCUUCCAAGCUGAAGAAAAGCUCCAUAGGUCAUGUAGCAAAUAUGUAGGAUCCAACCUAUUACUUUUCUCUCUUUACCACUGUUAGGGAUUGAACAGUAGAACUUGAUUAGAACAUCUUCAGCUUUUACUUGAGCUGCAAGAGAACAUAUGUUUCUGAGCGCCCCCUCCCCCCAUUUUGAUAAGUGACAGGACCUCAAGACUUCAUUACUUGAAAAUGGUAUAACAUUGUUCUGCAGUAAUAUAUGAAAUAGUGUUGACAAUGAAUUCUGGUGUUCUACAGGAGCUGGUAUUGACUGUGAUCUGACCUGGUGUGUAGCAGUAUUAAUGCAGAUUGCACAACUAAAGUUCAUCAUGUACAGCAUUUAAAAGCACUUAUCUCAAGAUUGUGUUCAAAUUUGAAUACACUUGGGAUAGAAGCACUUUGUUGAGAACUGAUUUGCAUAAACCACCAAAAAGAGGCAUUACUAUUGGAUACUUGAAGCACCCCCUUGUUAGAGACAAUAAUAGUCUAUAAUUUUUCCUACAUAAGUGUUGCUACUAACUAUAUGUGUUCUGAUAAGCUGGAUACUGCAGAGAUUGUGUGACAAUAUAUAAGCUUGCCUGAGGUGUUGCCUUUCAGUUUUGAGGGGUGAAUGCUACUGAAGUUAUUUCGCUUUCUGGGAAAUGGCAAUUCAAAGAGCAGCUUAGGUAACCAUUCCAUAAAACUUCUUGUAACAAAGUUCAACCUAGACUUUUGUAGAAAGUAUUGAAAAACAUUUCCAGGGCUCUUACAAACAUUUCUGUUAAUAAGAAUACUGGUAAUUUCAGGCUGUUGCUGUUAGCCUUUUAAAGUAAAUAUUUCACUGUUUACUGCUGAGUUGAUUUUGCUAUGAAAGGCUAAGAGAUUGAUGCUGUCUCUUACCACAACAAAACUCACGUAGUGUUAUGCUGUGAAUGCAAGCAAUACUGAGUGUUUCUGGAUAUUCAGUUACCAGAACAAAACACACAAACUAAGUCAACCUGAUAUACAACAGCCUGUGAUUUCCUCCCAACACGGUUGCUGCAAAAUGUUCUAAGAUAAAAGUAAUCACAAGCACCUCUUUCUAAUUACCCAGUUUACACACUGCAUGCAUUUACAUAAAUUUUAGUCAAAGAUUGUUUCAAAUGCUUGUGUGUAGAACAAAUGUUAUUCUGAGAGAUGGUCCCAAAUAUUUUGUUAUACACAGAUGCCCUGGUGAUGCUUUUUCUAGUGGUGUUGGAAAGGAGAGGUGUAGUAGCAUGAGAAUCCAGGGAAUAAUUUUAAAGUUAGGUAAGAGACUGUGCAGAGCAGAAUUUGUGUGACUGCCCUGUACAGUUGGAAUUAUGUACAAUAUUGGCAUUAGUAUGAGGUAAAGAUGAAAGAACUGUGAAAUUAGUUUUGUAAACCGAAAGGCAUUCCUUUUUUUAAAAAAAAAACCCUUUAAACAUACCUCCCUAUACAGAAAACAGAUUAUUUUUAAACCUGAAAGUUUCAAAAAUGUGUGGGAUAGCAUGGAUGUCAGCUAUUGAAAGUUAACAAAAUACCAAAAUAACCCUUAAGUAAGGGAAAGAAUCUCUUUACAUGCUGACCCUUUUGUGUCUCAUGGGAGAUACAAAAUUUAGCCAAAUCCUUAAUUUUAAACAAGUUACAAGUCUUUAAAACAAUGUUGUACAGGAACACAGGACGUCAAAUAAAACAAUUUAGAUUGUAGGGGUUGAAAGAAAAAUCACGGACCAAAUAAUUAAAAAAUAUAUUUUAAAUUAAAUCUCUCAUUACCAUGUUAGUGGACAGAUUAAAAAAGAAAUAAUAUUUUUACCAUAAUGAGGGGAAGAUGCAUCUGCUUUCUUGAGCCAUGAUCUUGACAACCUGAAGCUAACUCCCCUAAGACUGAGAGAAGAGCUUCCAUGCCUUAAUCUGGGUCAAGAUCACAUUCUUGCUAGACUUGGUAAACAAACAAACUCACUGUUAAAAAUGCUGAAAAUGUUAACAGUCUAAUUGGGUCAAAACAGGACCAAAUCUAGAUAAAGAUUAAGCAUAAUGGAAGAAUUUUAAAUGAAACAAAUUCAGGCUCAUGAAAUGAGAAUAUUUGGUAUCUCAAAUUCAUAUUGAUUAGGAGUACAACAGUUUCUAGAGUUUUCUGACAAGCAGAAAGGAAGUUGAGUGUAGCCUAAUGUUAAAGUCUUUAGUUUCUAUAGUAUAAAUAGCAAGGCUGUGUGUUUGCUGGGCAAACAGAGCAGCUUUGGUAAUCCUGACUCUCACAAUUACACUCCAUUACUGCUCAUUUGCUAGCAGUGUUCUGAAUCUUAACCUAUGAGCUGUUUCGCUGGCAUAGUAAAUUGUAGGAUUCAGUUGUUUGGUCAGUUUCAAGGGGUUGAGAGUCACCUGAAAACCUGUUUAGGAAAGAUGUAAAUACUUUGGACAUUAUAAUGAAGCUGCUGUAACAAACCCCCAUAGGGACCCUGUUUUUAAAACAAGUAUAGUCAAGUGGUACUCUUACUGAAACCACUGCUUUUAAGAGAAACCAAGCCAUUGAACACUUGUACAUUCAACAAGGGUUUAUAAAAAAAUAGAGACUUCUACUUGCUUACAUGCCUUAACUUCAUUUUGUUAUAUGAAUAACAUCAACAUCUCUCUGCAGUUUUGGAGUGUGGUUCAUAAAUGAUGGGCAGGUAAUGAAAAUGGUAAUCUUUUGGAGACUACAUUUACAAAAUGGUCUUUUUGUAUUAUCAGAAUAAAUGACUUUGUACUAUG